AAUGGCGGCGUGUUUUCCUCAGAAAACUCAGGCGAGGGCAAUUUGACGAUUUUGUAUUACGUUUGUAAAGAAGCAGGGUCCUCGUUUUAGUUUAUUGUUCUCCCCCCCCACACUUUUGGGGUUGCUUUUAACAUGACAUUGUUCUAAAGUAACUUUUAGUUGUGUUUGAGUCAUUUGUAUACUAUUUAAAAAAAAUUCUGUUCGUCGACCCGAAGUGGCUAAUUGUUGGCCUUGUGCACGCGCUGAGGCCGAGUUCGUUUCUUUAAAUUUAUUUAUUAUUAUUAUUUAGCGAUUAUUUUUCCAUACAUAUUAUAUACUAGGGUGUAAGUAACGACGAUGUGCACGAUUCCGAUACUUUACGUCGCGUUUAAUCUCCUUUGCGCCGCAGUUGCCGACAAAGCUCUAGCAGAGAAAGGGCGCGUGGAGUUACAGAAGCUGCGGGAGUUUGCGGGCGACACGCGGUAUGGCGCGUGCUGGUCCCGGGCGUUGCAGAGAGUCCACGCAAACUGUCGGGAUUUCUCCGAGGACACGCAGAGCAUGAUGGCAGUGGCCUUCACUCACUGUCACUUGAGAAGGUCUGGACGCAGUUUUCCGGAAUGUCCCGAGGGCAGUGACGUUAAGACGUGUACACGUGACAUGGACCCCGUGGCGUUUAACACCUACACAGAGUUCUUCACCCACGCCCAUAGCAUUUGCCACUACCUCCAGAGCGAGCAGUGGCAGCUUCGGGCAGAAAACACCAUCCACAGGCUGACCGAGAGCUCGGCCGGUGUAGCCGAGCAGCUUGCGUCCACCCAGAAGAUGGCUGAGAAUCUGGUAGAGGCCCAAAGUGCGGCUCUUAAAUCUCAGGAAACCAUCCUGCGCAACGGAGAAGAGCUGAAGACCACGCUGCAGCACUCCACAAAGGGUCUGAGGGAUGUGUUUGCUGAGAUGAGGCAUUCUGUCCAGGAGCAGCAGGUGGCGUUCGCCGAGAUCUUUAACCGCAUCGCUUUCCUUCAGAGCUUCGUCAUGUCCGAGUCGCACACCCUCAGCUCUCUGAUGUACAACGGGCUGGGGUUUUGCGCAUCCUUCCUGCUCACCUGCACACGCUGCACCUCAGGAGCGAGGUUUUGUCUUUUCGGGCUGGUGGCUCUGAACGUGUACCUGGAGCGCUUGAUUUGUAGGAUGGUGAUGGAAAGCGAUGAACCCGGAUAUCAGCAGAUGGAACGGAUCGCCUAUUUGGUCGGGCUUCUGAGGAAAGCCAUGGUGACCAUCGCCUGCGUCAUUCUGCUCUACUUCGCCUCCCGGUUCCGCAACGUGAACAGGGAAAGUCUGGAGAUCCUGAGGGAGCUGAAAGAGACGAACUCGAACCUUCAGAAGACCUUGAAGAAAGCAGAACGCCUUUCAGGCUCUUUAAAUGACUGGACCAAAUCCAGACAGAAGCCAUGGAGCGAAAAGUGGGGUCAAGAAGAGGAGAGCAAUUUGGUCAUUCUACAUCCUUCUGGCGCCAUAGAGGCCACCUUACCGUCAUUUUCUUCCCUUCGCAGGAGUCAACACCAUGAGAGCUUUGUUCCACGGACGGAGGCUCCGAGCUCCUCAGAGAUCCUGAAAAGACAUCAGCGUCGUUCCUCAGGCUCGCGUGUGCGUAACUCGGCGGCGGUCGUCUACAGCGUGCUAGUGGAGGACGGCCAUAACCAGGUAACACUGCUGACUCGGGCGGUUUGUUUAAAAGCAAGCUCUUUAGUUUGCCUUGUAUUUUCUUCGCUCCGAUCCGAGGCUCAGAAAAACAUGCAUAUGGAAAUGCACUUAAGAAAACAUAAUGGCAGUAAGAGAAAUGACAUUUUGCUUUAAAAUAAUCUUCAUUUUUCUCAUAGUAUGGAGACUUUUCAGACAACUCUAGAGAUGAUGAUGUUUUUUCGGCUGCUCCUUGUUCGGGGUUGCCCCAGCGGAUUGUUUGCCCUUCCUGACACAACCUUCACAUUUAACCCGGGCUUGGGACUGGCACUGAGGGUUAACUCUUCAAUGGCUGGGUUUAGCGCCUUGCCCGGGAAUCGAACCCUGGGCUGCGGCAAUGAGAGUGGGGGAUCCUGACGCUUGGCCACCAGGAGGCCUCAGAUACUCUAGAGAUAUUUCUAGAAAUCGCUUGUUUAACAAUAUUAGUGCAUCAUUAAACGUGGUUUAUUUACUGAUUUGUGUGUAAGGAAGGAUGUCGGAUUUCCCCGUAAAUGGGAGGUGUUCCCCAAACAGUAUGUACACAGAUCAGGCAUAACAUUAUGACCACUGAGAGGUGCCGUGAAUAAGACUGAUGAUCUCCUCAUCAUGGCACCUGUUAGUGGGUGGGAUAUAUCAGGCAGCAAGUGAAGAUUUUGUCCUCAAAGUUAAUGUGUUAGAAGCAGGAAAAAUGGGCAAGCUUAAGGACUAGAGCGAGUUUGACGAAGAGCCAAAUUAUGAUGGCUAGACCACUGGAUCAGAGCAUCUCCAAAACUGCAGCUCUUGUGGGGUGUUCCCGGUCUGCAGUGGUCAGUAUCUGUCACAAGUGAUCCAAGGAAGGAACAGUGAUGGACCGGCGACAGGGUCAUGGACGGCCAAGGCUCAUUGAUGCACGUGGGGAGCGAAGGCUGGCCCGUGUGAUCCGAUCCAACAGACGAGCUACUGUUGCUCAAACUGCUUAAGAAGUUAAUGCUGGUUCUGAUAGAAAGGUGUCAGAACACACAGUGCAUGACGGGUCAGGGCAGCAAAAGGGGGACCAACACAAUAUUAGGCAGGUGGUCAUAAUGUUAUGCCUGAUCGCUGUAUAAACAAGUGUCAUUGACCGUGACACCUGCUUUUUGAAGAUCAGGAUAUUAUACAGAUUAUCCACAUCAACGUAGAGGCAUUUAUAUAUUUAUAUAUACAUAUCUUUUUAAAGUUGCUUUUCAAGCUGCUUUAAAUCUGGAAAGCACAUCUUGAGGUCUGGGAUACAGAAUACAAUCCAUGUAAAUACAUCUGUCUGUUCAAGCCACAUGAUGACCACAGUCGGUCUGAAUGCAUGAUAUCAUGACCUCAGCAGAAAAAAUGCUUAUCAGGAAAUCUGGCCAGUGUAAACAUGCCCAUGGUGGAUAGAGAAAGACCCAAAAGUGGAUCUGUGGACUGGGAGAGUAAACAGCAUCGUCUGUUAGAAAUCUUGCGCUUCAGAGCAAUCGGGCUCGAUGAAAUCCAGAGUGCUUCAAUAAAAAAACAAAACAAAAAAAGGAUAUAAUCCUGAAUGAUCUCGAUCCUUGAUAAACGGAUGCAAUCAAAACAUUUGUUCUUUUUUGUAACAAGCAUUCACCUCAGUCUGCUGGCACGCUCUGAACAUUCCUUCCUAAUUCCCAGGAAUUUCAGGAAUUCACCAGACGGCCCUUUUGAAUUCCAUUCCUUUCAAUCCAGCCCUACCUAUUCACACAGAUCACAGAGAUGGAGCACGACUCGGAAAGAUGUUAUCAUACUUAAGUGUUUGUUUUUGUUUUGUUGAAAAUGCAUUUGUUUGUUAAUAUGGAUUUAUUUCUCAUCCACAGCCAAGGUACAGCCUGAGGAGCAGGAAAUCCUUAUGUGCUCUGGAGCCAAAAGACUAAGUCCCAAGGAGAGUGUGUGUGUGUGAGAGAGAAAGAGUGCAUGUCUGGGUGUGUGUGUGUGUGUGUGUGUGUGUGUAUAUGAGAGUUUGUGAGAAAGAGUGAGUGUGUGUGAGGGAGAGAAUGUAUAAGACAGAGUGUGUGUGUGAGAGAGGGAGAGAGAGAGAGGAAGUGAGUGUGUCUGUGAGAGAGAGAGAGAGUGUGUGUGUGUGAGCAAGCAAGAGUGAGUGUGUGUGAGGGAGAGAAUGUAUAAGACAGUGUGUGUGUGUGAGCAAGCGAGAGUGUGUGAGAGAAAGGGUGUGUGUGUAUCAGAUAAUGUGUCUGAGUGUGUGCGCGCGCACUAGUGUGUGUAUCAGUGUGUGUAUGCGCAAGUGUGAGUGAGGGAGUGUAAAGACUGAUUACGUCUGAAAUCUGGAUGUCUGUCUCACCUCCUUUCAUAUUUUAAUGGAUUUCUUCUGGAUUCUUUUAAUAAAUAAGGUUUUAAUAAUCA